AUGAGACAGGAUGGACGGAUCCUUGGCCGUCCGGGUGUAAGAUUGAAACAAACCGGAAGCUCGACGGAAAAAGCCGACUUGGGCCAACAAGUCCUGCAAGAGGCCUUUGGACUUAUGAAAAAGGGUGCGGCAAGGCCACUCGACACUGCCAAGCGCCCGGGCAUCGACACCAACACGCCCAAAUGUCUAGAGAAUGCAAAGAAGCCGCUGGUGCUGAAGGAGUAUCAAGCCCAGGCCCUAAACACAAUGCUGGACGAUUAUGCAGCCGGCGGAACCGGUAUGCUACAAGGCCUUGAGAUGGAUACGAGAAAGACAUUCAUCAUGCUGGCAUUUCUGGGCUCGCUCAAGAGGAAGUCGAAUAUACCGCAUCUGAUUGUGGUGCCAGUAAGUCUGCUAGACAUGUGGGAGUGUGAGAUCAGGAACAGAUUGCAACCUGUCCCGAUCUUCUGCAAGAAGACUCCAAGAGCGGUCGCACAGCUACUUACGCGCCAUUCUUGCCUUGUCUAUCAAAGCCUGCACAGUCCGAUUGAGGACUACGGACAAUUCGACGGCAAACCGGUCGCCGACUUCAAAGAGGCGAUCACGGUGACAAAACACCAUGACCUAUCGAGGCAAGAGGCCGGCCUCCAAGAGAAGACGAUGACGAUAUGGGACGAAGCUCGCCGCGAAGAGCAUAAAGAGCUGCUCAAGGCGAGGCAGGAGGAUCCGAGCCCCAGCGUCGCCUUUGCACAGGCGUUCAAGGAGAUCACCGAUGCUCGUUUGGCCAUCGUGCAUCAUUUGUGCCUCGAAUACCGAUAUGGAGAACUCGGCGAUUGCGACUUCGUACUCCGGGAGGAACAAGCUGACAAGCUGCCUGACGAGAUCCAAGAGGCCAUCAACAAAAUGAAAUCCAAGAGUUCAUCAAUCGCCGACAAGAAUCGCAUAGUCCUCCGCACAGAAACGAAGAGAUUAGGGAAGGAGUCGUCGCGCAUGAACGCGUUUGUAGCAUGCUAUCAGAAGCAGCAAGAAGAGCACCCAGGACCAAUCCUCGUCUUCUCCGAGUUCUUAUCCGCGAUAGACGUAGCGCACAACACGUUGGAAGAAACUUUUGGCAAGAAGAGAUUCGUUAUGUCGCGACCUCGUCGCUCGACUGUGUUGAUAGUCUACCCAGCAAUAUUUUCAGUAUGA